GCUACUUGAAGAGGAAAAUGAAAUACUGUAUUGAAUAAGCAACUGAAUGAAUUAAUGCAUUUUGAUAGUUUGAUGUAUUUUUUUUUUCCUUUUAGGAUUAAAUGCUGUUUGUUAAUUCCAGAUCAAUUAUUUCAUUUCUGGAUUCAAGGGGACCAGCGUUUUGCUCUACAAAUUCACACCCAUUCCUACCUCUCCCAUCCAUUCUUUUGCUAAGUAAACGUUUCCCAGAUAUUUGCAAACUCAGUUCCUGUUCUGCUGUAAACAUUUACUGCUUUCUCCUCCAUCUCCAUUAUAUGGAGGAGCAAAUCACUCAGAGGAUAAACUGAGCGAGUACCACUAGUUCAUUCAAUCAGAUGGCUUCUGGUGGAUGUCACCGCAAAAAAGAGGAAACUGGAGCAUCACAGAAGAGAUGCGCAAUGGGUUUAAGACGACGCUCUUUAAUGUCCUUCUAUGCCUCGGAUCUUUUGGGGGCACAUUAAGGUCAUUUUCAGAUUUUCCAUCACAGGUAUAAAAACGUUUUUUUGAAUGUAAUUUAAGACUGUGAAGCGAGUACUGCUUUCUAGAAACCUCGCGCACCCUAUGAAAUGUUGAGACCAGGCAAAAAAGCGGGCAGAUGAAGCCGGCUCCCCAGCAGCCACGCAGGGCACGUGCUCUGCUACUGGAGUUGCCGGAGUAGCGCGGGAACAACUUUCGCACAGAGGCAGCGCGGUGCAGACGCCGAUUGGCACGUUCGCCUUCAUUUCCGAAACAAUACCGGUUGUCAGCUAUACAGGAGACCGCAGUCCGUGUCUCUUAUCAGACAGACUCUCACGCAGGGCAGGGGCUUUCCCAAGCGAGACAGCGUCCCGCGCUCCCCGAAAGCCCGCCGCCACGAGGAGCACCGCCCACUUCCACAGCCCGGCGCGCCGAGCCGCGGCCGCGCCCCGUUCCCGCCCGAGGCCUGGCAGGCUCGCGCCGCCUCACGGGCCGGGCGGCUGAUGGCAGAAGCUUCAGGCACGCCUUCUGCGCGCGCUCGGGACUCUGGCGCAUGCUCCGUGGCGGCGAGGGACGAGGAGCGGAAUCCGGCGCUCGGCAACGUUCGGCAAUUUCCGUGCAGGCCCCGCCGCCAUUUUCUCGCAGGCUCUCCGUGCUCGUCGGUCGCGCGGCUCUCCGUCCCGCUGGUCAGCGCUUCGUCCUGCUCGGCGAUGGACGGCAUUGUCACUGAUGUUGCAGUUGGUGUGAAGAGAGGAUCUGACGAACUUCUUUCAGGCAGUGUACUCAAUAGCCCGAACUCUAACAUGAGCAGCAUGGUAGUUACUGCUAAUGGUAAUGACAACAAGAAAUUCAAAAGUGAAGAUAAAAUGGAUGGGGCUCCUUCUCGUGUUCUUCAUAUCAGAAAACUGCCUGGGGAAGUGACAGAAACAGAAGUUAUUGCUUUAGGCUUACCUUUUGGUAAGGUAACCAACAUCCUGAUGCUGAAAGGGAAAAAUCAGGCUUUUUUGGAACUUGCAACAGAAGAAGCAGCUAUCACUAUGGUUAAUUACUAUUCAGCUGUGACACCUCAUCUUCGUAACCAACCUAUCUAUAUCCAGUAUUCCAAUCAUAAAGAACUGAAGACUGAUAAUACACUGAACCAGCGGGCCCAAGCUGUUCUUCAGGCAGUGACAGCUGUGCAGGCAACAAAUGCUCCCAUAAGUGGGACCACCGUUAGUGAGAGUGCAGUUACUCCAGCUCAAAGUCCGGUGCUUAGAAUAAUUAUUGACAACAUGUACUAUCCUGUAACCCUGGAUGUUCUUCAUCAGAUAUUCUCUAAAUUUGGUGCUGUAUUGAAGAUAAUCACAUUCACAAAGAAUAACCAGUUUCAAGCUUUACUCCAGUAUGGUGAUCCAGUGAAUGCACAGCAAGCAAAACUAGCCCUAGAUGGUCAGAAUAUUUAUAAUGCUUGCUGUACUCUACGGAUUGAUUUUUCCAAAUUGGUGAAUUUAAAUGUCAAGUACAACAAUGAUAAAAGCAGGGACUACACUCGUCCUGAUCUUCCAUCUGGUGAUGGACAACCAGCGCUGGACCCAGCUAUUGCUGCAGCGUUUGCGAAGGAGACUUCUCUUCUAGGGCUUCCUGUUGCAGCUGUUCCAGGAGCUCUCAGUCCUCUGGCUAUUCCAAAUGCUGCUGCUGCAGCUGCAGCUGCUGCUGCUGGCCGUGUGGGAAUGCCUGGAGUCUCAGCCGGUGGCAAUACAGUUCUCUUGGUUAGCAAUUUAAAUGAAGAGAUGGUUACGCCCCAAAGUCUGUUUACCCUCUUCGGUGUUUAUGGUGAUGUGCAGCGUGUGAAGAUUUUAUACAAUAAGAAAGACAGUGCUCUUAUACAGAUGGCUGAUGGAAACCAGUCGCAGCUGGCUAUGAGCCAUCUUAAUGGACAAAAAAUGUAUGGGAAGAUAAUUCGUGUUACUCUUUCUAAACAUCAAACAGUUCAACUACCUCGAGAGGGUCUUGAUGAUCAAGGGCUGACUAAAGAUUUUGGUAAUUC